UCGACCGUGAUUACGGUGUUUGCAUUAGGAUCAGAUUGUAGCGGAGAUCCUUGUAUGUAUGGGAUCUGUUUGGACAACGAGAACAGCACUUAUUCUUGUUACUGCAUCGAUGGUUACACGGGGAUUAAUUGUGAAAUUAAUUGGGACGAAUGUUGGUCAGAUCCUUGUCUUAAUGGUGGCACAUGCAACGACGGCGUUGCCGCAUAUAAUUGCACCUGUCUCGACGGUUUUGUAGGUGUGAAUUGCGAACAAAGAUAUAGCGAAUGUUCGAACCAUCCGUGCCUUAACAAUGGUACCUGCGUCGAUUAUGAUGGCAUCACUUGUCAAUGUUUGGAUGGAUACUUAGGAGAAUAUUGCGAGAUCGAUGCGUCAGUUUGCAAUGAGACAAUGUGCAAAAAUUCCGGUGAAUGCAUCGAAGGACCCGGUUUCUCAUUCUAUUGUCGUUGUCGCGAAGGAUGGACCGGUGCCAUUUGCGAGAUGGACGUUGACGAAUGUUUGGAGUCACCAUGCAGAAAUGGUGGUCUCUGCAUCAAUAUUCCCUCUUCCUACACUUGUGCUUGUUUAUUCGGUUUUACUGGCAAGGAUUGUGAUAAGGCAAUCGUGCCGUGCAAAGAGAAUCCUUGCCAAAACGGAGCAGUGUGUCUACUGGAGGACGACCGUUCAGUUUGUUACUGCGUGCCCGAUUAUCAUGGUGCAUUUUGUGAGCUAAGAUAUGACGAUUGUGAAUCGAAAUUUGCACAAUGCGACAAUGGAGGUACCUGUAUCGACGGUAUCAACAGUUUCACUUGUGCGUGUCCACCAAAUUACGGUGGUCCUAUGUGCGAAUAUAGUUUUCUUUCGACAACUACUCUAGAAAUGGAAGACACAUCUGAACAAGGAACGAGUUUAAUCAAAACUACAACUGCCAUAGUUUCACCUGAAGAAUCGACUUCGUUAGUGGACACAUCUUUAUCUUUAUCAUCUCUAUCGACUAGCUUUGCCACUUAUCCGACAUCUCCGAGAACAAGUAGUUCACCUUAUACGAAGAGAUAUACAAUUAUAGAGAAGACUACGACACCAAGGUACGAAGAUUCUAGUGUUAGCAGCGAUAACAGCGUUUUUCUUACUGAAGUUCCAUCAACGAGUUCGACUCGAGACGAUUUCGUUACGUUGGAGCCCGUAACGAUAUCGUCGAUCACUGUUACUGAAGGCUACCUCCAUGAGACUGAGACAGAAGGUACUGAAGUUUAUUUGCCAACUGGGAGAUCAGUCCACGACGGUGAAGUUACUAAGGAGCCUGGCGAUUAUGAUCAGACCACAAAGAUACCGGUUUCCAGUAGAAUAGACGAAGAUGUAACGGAGUACACGACAAGUUCUAGUUAUCGAUCUACAAUAGAUGAAGGCCAAAAGGAUAAUAGAACUAGCGCCACAAGUGCUAUUAUGGAUCAUGUUACCGAUGUAACACUUUCCAUCGAUACGACAUUCCGAUAUACGACGGAUUCCAUACAAAAUAGAACGUUUGAGCUUGGAACUACAAUCAUGGAUACACCAAGAACUGUUGUACCUUUAACUACCUCGUCGACACUGCCAUCGGUCUUAUCUUCGACCAUCAAACUUGACACUUCCACAGUACCUUCCUCGUUAACGUCUACUAGCAUAUCUUCGUUAAGCCAAACUACUGUUACUAGUAUCGAAGUUAAUACUACAGAAAUAGACGCUUGUCGCGGAAAUCAAUGUUCUACGAGUACUACCAUGAUAACUCCGCGAAAUAUUACUGAAUAUGCCGAUGGUUGCAAGACAGAUUCGACUAUUACGCAAGCGGCCUUUAACGGCAAAUCUUUCAUUAGACAACGUGUUGAAGUAAUAAUGACUGAGAAUAAGAGUGCAACGCUCCGAAUUUACGUUAAGCUUAAAACGGCAUUUAAAAAUGGAAUUAUAUUACACGUUUACUUUGACAAUGAAAGAUAUUCUUUGGUGUACUUGGAACUCGGAUCGUUGAAGUUCCAAUUUUCUUGUGGACUAGAAACUAUGUUACUUGGUGAAAUCGAUGCGAUUAUCGAUAAUGGAUACGAAGUAGACAUCGAUAUGAGCUUUCAAUAUGUUGCCAAUAAUGAAAACGAAAAAUGUUUUGCCAAAUUGCUGGUAAACGGCACUAUGGCUGUGACCGGCGAACAAAUACUGCCACAGCGAGGAAUGGUUCCAAAAUACGCUAAUUUGUACAUAGGAGGCAUUCCAUUAACGUUCUCACAUUAUUUUCCUCACGUAGCUAUGGGAUUCAUUGGUUGCAUGGGUUCUCUGAAGGUAAACGGAAUUAUACGACAUUUUAUUCAUGAUUCUAUAGAAACGUUCCAGAUUGAAGAAUGCACAUCAUUUUUAUGUUUGUCGAAUCCAUGUCAAAAUUUCGGUGCGUGUGAAGAAAGCGAGGGAAGAAUUCGUUGUAAAUGUAUAGCGGGGUAUACUGGGCCUUUGUGCGAACAUUCGGCAUGCAACGACAAUCCCUGCUCGAUGGGUGCCACAUGUGUAAGCUCGCCAGGAACUGGUUUCAUCUGCGUCUGUCCACUCGGCAGUCGCGGGCUUUUCUGCGAAGAAGAUGCCAUUCUAGUGCGGCCGGCUUUCUCGGUCCUCGUCCCUGGCUUUGCGUCGUACAUUGCUUACGGCGUGUCUACUUCGAUAAAGGAUACAAUGGAACUGAAGCUGCGACUCAUCCCGCGCACGUUUGAUCAAAUCUCUCUGAUAGCAUACUUCGGACAGAGAAGCUCGCGCCGUGAUGUUUCGGACCAUCUUUCGAUAACAUUUGUGCGCGGCUAUAUUAUGCUUACGUGGGAUUUGGGUUCCGGAGUGCGAAGAAUCUUCACUAGCGAUUCAUUGACCUCUCUGAGCGUGACAGGAUCGGCUGGUAAAAGUAAAACGUAUACUCUUCGUAUCGGAAGGAGAGGCAAGGAAGCGUGGCUUGCUGUAGAGGGUCUCAAAAACGUGACUGGUCAGGCAGUAGGAUCUAUGACUCAACUUGAUGUAUUGCCUGUUCUCUAUAUCGGUGGUUAUAAGUCCAAAAAUUUUGAAAUGUUGCCGCACGAUCUCCCUCUUCAUACCGGCUUUUCCGGAUGUAUAUUCGACAUUGAAUUGCGUACAGACACGACGAUUCUUCCACUAACUGGUUCCAGUCCUGCCACCGGCCGUGGCGUAGGUGAAUGCAAUCGUAAUGAAUGCAUUCGCCACUCUUGCAAAAACGGUGCGGUAUGUUUACAUCAUGGAGCAUCGUAUAGGUAAUAUAUAAAAAAAAUUACAAUUUCUCCUUUUAUAUAAUAGGGAAAUAUAGGAU